AUCCACGAACUCGCAGACUCAAUCAGAUUGCCAACAUGGCGGACAGCGCGGUUUACCGGGCUUUGAGGCUCCACAUCGCGCCAGACAAGUUUUAUAUCGAGCCUCGGGACCAGCAUUCGGUGGGCGACCAGAUUCUCGAAAUAGAUCGGGUUACUCAAGAAUUGAGUUUAGCAGACAAUGAAGGUCAGAUUCCACCAUCAGCUGAGAGUAGGGAUAUAUUUGGAAUACUUGGAAUCAUUAAUUUGUUAGCAGGUGAAUUUGAGAGUCAAUUNCCAGUUAUGCAUGGAUUUGUCUCUAUAACGUCCUGUAUUAUUAAACAGAGCACAUUUGAUUUUAUUCUCAUAUCAAGGAGAAGUUGUUUCAGAGCAGGUACUCGUUAUUUUAUAAGAGGACUGGAUGCUGAAGGAAAUGCUGCUAAUUAUGUUGAAACUGAACAAAUUGCUCAGUUUGAAUCUGGAGCUUGUUCCUUUGUACAGACAAGAGGUUCCAUUCCAUUGUUUUGGUCUCAGAGACCAAAUCUGAAAUACAAACCAACACCUCUGCUAAACCCCUCAGCAGAUCAUAAAGUAGGAUUUUGUCUCCAUCUUGAUAAAGAAAGAGUGUAUUAUGGAGAACAUGUUUUAAUAAACCUUAUUGACCAGAAAGGCCCAGAGAAGAUUUUGGGAGAUCGGUAUACAGAGACUGUUAGCAAUGCUGGCUUAACUGAUAACUUCCUGAGGUACGAGCCAUUUGACUUCCACAAGGAGUGCAGUAAAAUGCGAUGGGAGAGAUUGUCCAUUUUAACUGAUAGAUUAAAAGCAGACCAAGAUAAGUUUGGGUAUUUCAGUAUGAGAGAAAAAGAUGGUCAGAUCGACUGUGAACAAAGAGGAGUUUUCAGAACAAAUUGUAUUGACUCUCUUGACAGAACAAAUGUUGUACAAAGUUUACUAGCAAGAAGAAGUCUUCAAGCACAAUGUGAGAAAUAUGAAAUCCUCAGCCCAGGAGAGAGAAUAGAGGGUUAUGCCGGCAUGGAGAAGGUGUUAAAGAAUGUCUGGGCAGACAAUGCUGAUGCAUGUUCUGUACAGUAUGCUGGCACAGGAGCGCUCAAAACAGAUUUCACAAGGACAGGAAAACGGUCCACAUUUGGACUUUUAAAGGAUGGUGUUAACUCUUGUAUUCGGUAUUACAGGAACAACUUUGCUGAUGGAUUUAGACAAGACUCAAUUGAUUUGUUCCUGGGAAAGUAUGUUGUGGAUCCUAAUGAAGGAAUCUCUAAACCAUCACCACUGGAAACUCACCGAGAUUGGAGGUUUAUGGCUCUUCCAAUGAUUCUGUUGCUAGGAUUCUCCAUGUUUGUAAUAAGUGUUUUAAUUCCUUCAACUGAGUAUGGUGUACAAUUUCUUUACGUGUUGUUUUGGGGAGGCGCUGUCCUGAUGACAUUGUAUGUUGUGCUGUACUUUGGUAACGAGUAUGUUGACCAACCACGACUUGUACAAGUUCAAGGCAAGGACAAAAAUGUUUGACUAGAGACACCACCAGUUUCCCACUACAGCUGGGUCUGAGUAAUUAAUUGAAUAUACAGUACAACAAUUUUCAAGACAUGGUGCUAUAUAAAUGCGCUUUGACAUAAAGUUUUCAUAAUGUAGAAAAUCUUCCUGGCUAGUGAGUGAUCACGGCCAGAAUUAAUAAUAUUGCAGAUUUAUGCUGUACAAAAUAGCGUUUGAUGUAUGUUCCAGGAAGAGCUCUUGUCAUUAAGUAUUGAAAGCUCUGUUAAGGGUUAUAGUGACUUUUUUCCCUGCCAGCAAAUCAGUAUAAAUGUUACCUGCAAAAGCAAAUAACCAAUGACUUCACCACUUUAUUCUGUCUGAUCAGAAAAUAUCCUAACUACCAUCUUGGGGUGGAAGUUGGGGAGGAAUUUGUCAGACUUUACAGAGCUUUUAUGGAAGGUACAGUAUUAUAGUCAUUAUUUCCAUGGUUUAAGAGUACAAAUAGGUUCCUAGAUUUAAAGAUUUAUGUCUUCGAUUAAAAGUAAUUAUUAGGAAAAUUUAACUAGUUAUAUAGCAAAGUAACUUGCUUGCAUGGUACCCAAGUUUCUGUGGAUUCUGUCUUGCAUUCAUUGAUCUUGUAUUUCAUGUUGUGUAAUAGCAAUUUUUUUCUUGUGUAUUCUUUAAAUGUCCUGGUUAAUCAAUAUAAUCAGAAAGUUUUUUUCGUGAAUCCUUUGCAUUACUCCAAAUGGAAAUUAGCAGUUACCCCUUUAAACCACAGGCAAAUUAAUAGAAAUCUAUUUUUGAACCAAAGUUAUUUAGUCGUAAGAGUACUAGCUUAACCGAGAGUGAGGUCUUUUCAGGAAAAUCUCAGACCAAGAAUUUGCCCUAUUGACCAAGUGAUAGCGAGGUCAAUACUGCAAGGCUGAGGCUUGAGAUUUUCCCACAAAGACCAAAUGUUUGAGGUUAAUAAGUUGUUUAUUAUAUGGCUUUUUGCUUUGUUUUUGCAAGCCCGUAAUUGGCCCUUGGGCAUUACGGGAGAAUAAUGCCCUAGGAUUAGCCAAUCAGAGCGUGCACUAUAUCAGCUACAAACACAGGCCAUAUAAUAAGACUUUUAACAUCACCACUAGAGGACAAAUUUUAAUGUGCUAAUGAAAUGGCAAACAUGAAGCAAAGUAAUUUGUUCAGUUUUCCAGAUAAGGGCUAGCUAUAAGUAAUUUGGUAUUUGAUCAUUUGUAAAUUGACAGGAAUGAUGGCUUCUUUUAGGUUAGAAAUAGUUUUUAAUGGGUUUUAACCAGUGAUAAAGCAGUUUUGUCAAGUAGACCUACAUAGACUUAGAUUAAGAUUGUUACAGAUAGUGUUGAAUCAUCUAAAAAAUUCCUAGAGGAUCUUGAUUUUA